AUGAAUCCGUCUCCUUCUUUGUCAGUUCAUAAAAAGGACAUUCAAUUCCUCGCACAGGAAACUACAACUUUGAUUGUAAAAAAUUUACCAAACUUACCAGAAUCUGAUUUACUCAAAUUCUUGAAAAACUUUGGACCACAAGAUAUCCGUCUUGGAAGAACUCAACAUUUGAAAAAUUCAGCUUUUUUGGACUUUCCUGAUCGGGCCUUGGCUUUGACUGCAUAUUCUAAAUUUCAAGAAUUAGAGGAGAUUGGAGGCAAGAAGAUUCGUGUAGAAUAUGCAUCACCUAGCAAAGAGGCCUUAAAAAAGAAAGCUAGUGGCGAUUCAGUAAAUAGCUCGGGUGAUAUUAAGCAAAACGAU